CCUUUCAUGUGGGAGUGUUUCUUCUCGUACGAAACACGCCCAUUCUGUGGAAUGUGGUCCACUUAGAAACAAAUUCAGCUUGUUUUUGCGUGAAAGAUGGAUUGUCCGAGGUUGGAAACCUCCACAGAAGUUUCAAAUCCGGAGACAAAUACUACACGACGCUUGGGUGCAAUGACCAUGAUCCCACCCAAUGAGUCUCGCCGAAACCAAAUAAGGAAGAUGGCUCAAAAGGAAGAGGAGGAGCUUCAGAGAUGGAAGGAGUCUCACAGGCUGACACACGUGCACAUCACUCCUGACAAACUGGGCGGCGAUGCAACGUUGGCUCAAGUCAGGGAGAGGCAAUACCAGGACUUGCGUUGCUCCAAAGUACUGAAGAAGAUGAAACAGGAAAAUUUGGCCCGGAAGAAGAGACAAGAGGAAAAUGACGAGUUUCAGCACAAGAAGGAUGAACAAAGAAAAAAGGCCGAGCGUAACGAAAUGAGGGCGCAGGAGGAGCAGCAGUGCAGGCGCCAACAACAACGACAGGAACACAUCAGAGUGAACUCGGCCUUCCUGCACAACCUUGAUGGUCGUGAUGGUUGUCGUCAGAGCUCACCUGGACCCCGUGAUGGUUGGGCGGAGGCAACAGCAGGACCAGGACCAAGACCAGUAUCAGGACCUGGAUCAAGACCUGGAUUUGGCUUUGAGUGAACUUUAGCGAAGAAGUGAGUCAAGCCUUCCCGAUGGCGACUACUAUCAGACGCAGACUUUAUUCAAGGGCACGCUCACUUGAUCGCCACUUUCCACGGGGGCGGAGCCAAGUGCCAUUCAAAAGUUUAGGUGGGGGCUCGGGGUGUUCGGGGUUUCUACUAUCUGUCUGCUUGCACUGACCGGUGACUCACUUUUAUUUUUUUAGUCCUUGCAACACUUUUUGGAUUGUUUUUUUUCCUUGCCGUGACUCAUCAUCUUCAUGUUUUGAGUGAAUCAAUAUGUGCAGCUGCAAGCCAAAGCGUUCCACCCAAAUAAAUGAUUAUUUUCUGGUGCAAACUUAA